CCGCCGGCCGCCGCCGGCGCCAGCUCCCGGCCGCAGCGCGCCGGCCCCGAGCGCAAGCUGAAGGCGGAGCGGCCCGGCGUGGUGCGGGAGCUGUGUGCGCGGCCCGGACAGGUCAUCGCGCCCGGGGGUGUCUUGGUGAGACUGGAAGGAUGCAGCCAUCCUGUUGUUAUGAAAGGCUUGUGCGCAGAAUGUGGCCAGGACUUGACUCAGAUUCGGAGCAAGAAUGGAAAGCAGAAUGUGCCAUUAUCCACAGCAACUGUGUCUAUGGUUCACAGUGUCCCAGAACUGAAAGUCAGCUCAGAGCAAGCUGAGCAGCUGGGGAGAGAGGAUCAACAGCGACUACAUCGAAAUCGAAAACUGGUGCUCAUGGUAGAUUUGGAUCAAACAUUAAUCCAUACUACAGAGCAGCACUGCCAACAAAUGUCUAAUAAGGGAAUAUUUCAUUUCCAGUUAGGUCGAGGUGAGCCCAUGUUGCACACCCGUUUGCGUCCUCACUGUAAGGAAUUCCUGGAAAAGAUUGCCAAGCUGUAUGAAUUACAUGUGUUUACUUUUGGCAGCAGGUUGUAUGCACAUACAAUUGCAGGAUUUCUGGACCCUGAGAAGAAGCUUUUUUCCCAUCGGAUAUUGUCAAGGGACGAGUGUAUCGAUCCGUUUUCUAAGACUGGGAAUCUUAGAGAUCUCUUCCCUUGUGGAGAUUCCAUGGUUUGCAUCAUUGAUGAUAGAGAGGAUGUUUGGAAGUUUGCACCCAAUCUGAUAACUGUGAAGAAAUAUGUGUACUUUCAGGGGAUAGGAGACAUUAACGCACCUCCUGGAUCAAGAGAAGUUCAAAUUAAGAAGAAAGUAAACCACUCCACCAAACCAGAGACACUGGAUUCAGCAGUGACGUUACCAAAAGAUGCUGAAGAAACAAAGAAUGUUACACGUGUAGAGGAACAAAGCAACGGUCUCAAGAAAGCUCCGAAGGACGCUUGCACCGCAAAUGGAAGUGCUUCUGUAAGCAGUGACACGUCUGACUGCGACGGGAACUCUCGUGAUGCCGUUAGUGCCCAGGACUCCUUAGACGAUGGCACUGGUCCCAAAGUGGACAGUGAGGUCACUAAGGAUUUGACAAGUACAAAAGAAUCUCAGACUUGUUCAGAACAAGGUGAUGGAGCGGUGACAGAGAAGCAGCCAGCCCAAGACAAGACAACAAACGACUUGGACUUUGAACUGUCCAGUGACAGUGACAGUGAUGGUGGACCGGAUACCAGAAAGUCAUCCACAUCUGUAUCAGAUAGUGAGAACGAGGAAAAGAGAAGCUGGAAGAGAUCCAAACAACCUCUGCAGGAUGAAAAUUCGCAGAAGGGAAGUUGCACUGAUGUGGGUGAGAAAAAGGAUGGUGUGGUGAACCACUCUGGGGACACGCAGUCUCCACCUAGUGAAAAUGCUCCUGAUAAAACCGAUCUUGAAGCACAAGAAGAAAGUGAACAGGAAAGCCUUUGUGACUUAGGAAAUGGGUGUGCAGACAAGAAAGAAGCUGAAACGGAGUCUCAGAAUAGUGAACAGUCUGGAAUUACAAUGGGUGAGUCUUUAGAUCAGAGCAUGGAGGAAGAGGAGGAGGAAGAUGAUACCGACGAUGAUGACCAUUUAAUAUACCUCGAAGAGAUACUCGUGCGGGUUCACACUGAUUAUUACACAAAGUAUGAUAAAUACCUGAACAAAGAGAUUGAGGAAAUUCCAGACAUCAGGAAGAUAGUGCCGGAACUGAAAAGCAAAGUGUUGGCGGAUGUGACCAUAAUAUUUAGCGGACUCUACCCAACAAACUUCCCCAUUGAGAAAACACGGGAGCACUAUCACGCCACAGCACUUGGAGCCAAAAUUGUGAAGAACCUGGUACUGAGUGCUGAUGAUCCUGACAAAGCCACGCAUCUCAUCGCAGCCAGGACGGGCACAGAAAAAGUGCGGCAAGCUCAGGACUGCAAGGACCUCCAUGUGGUAAACCCCGACUGGCUGUGGAGCUGCCUGGAGCGCUGGGACAAGGUUGAGGAGCAGCUCUUUCCCUUGAAGGAUGACUACAUCAAAACACACAGAGAGAACAGCCCUGCCACGUUUCCUGAUACACACAGCACGUUUCAGACCGCUCUGUUUCACCCUACACCUAUCCACCCAAAGUCUCAGCCUGGCCCUGAAGUUCGACUUUAUGACCCUAACACUGGAAAGCUGAUCAGGAAAGGAGCUCAGAGCUCGGGCCAGUCCAUGUACAUUCAGUCUCCAGCUCCUCCCAUCACCUUACCUGUCCACGGCGAACACUCGUCCUUCAGAGUUGUUCAACCACAUCAGCAGCAGAUGUUUGAAGAAGAAGAGCUGCCAGCAAGUGAAAAUGAAGAGCAGCCUGGUCCAUCUAAGCGGAAACGACAGCCAAGUAUGUCUGAGACAAUGCCCCUGUACACUCUAUGUAAAGAGGAUUUAGAGAGUAUGGAUAAAGAGGUGGAUGACAUCUUAGGAGAAGGCAGCGACGAAAGCGAUAGCGAAAAGAAAAAGCCAAAAGAAAAAGGUGAAAAAGCGGAGAUUAGUACAACAGAGACUCUGGGAAUGACAACAGAUGAGAGACCUGGCUCCUCGUCGUCGGCAUCGUCGUCACCAUCGAGCGACAGAAGCUCAACGGGCGAUGUACCCAGGGGUCACAAGCGCAAGCUGGAUGAAGAUGACGCCGCCAGUGAAUCCAGCAAGGGAUCCAGCAACGAGGAUGAGGAGGGAAGCAGCUCGGAAGCGGACGAAAUGGCAGCGGCGCUCGAAGCCGAAUUGAACGACUUCAUGUGAGAGCCAGGCAGAAGCCGGGAUCUGUAACGGUGUGGGGCUGCAGCCAGCCCCUGGCGGCGCUGCUCCACGGUGCCCGAGAUGUGUGUGUAUAUUUUGCAAAGCAACACAAGAGGUGACACGUUAUUUUGCAGAAUCGGGAGCAGAUGUUUUUAAGGUGUUUUACUAAAGGAAAAUAUACUUUUUUAAACAAACAAAAAGUGUGAAAUGGGACUUGGUGUGCUAUGCCAAAGACGUGUUAGGAGCUCUGCAGAACCUUCAUAGGCAGGACAGCGAUACACAGAUGGGUCGCUAGGCGUGCAGCCGCUCGUUAAAAUACGCCGCAGGCUGUGGUCUGUGGGUGACGGUCCUCGGCACGGAGGAGCAGAUCCAGGAGGUGGAAUUGUCUGGGUAGUACAGCAGGAACCUGAUGAACUGGUCACCCGUUUCCACAAAUAAAUGCUGUCAAAUGUAAAAGGGUUUUUAAAGUAAGAAAGAACACUUUAUAUUUGUAUAGAGCAGAGAAUGUGAUAUGCAAGCUUUGUGAACCCCGCUCUUGGCCCACCUGGCGUUUGCUUCUAAGAGCAUACAUAGGGCUCAGAACUCAUGGUUUUAAGUUACUUUGUGGAAUAGUUGGGUUCUUUAGGGACACGGGUUAGAUUUUGAACUUUCCUCUGUAAGCAGAAGUUUAGCACAGCACACUGUGUGAUCCUGUACUGCCACCAGAAGCAUAUUCACCCAUUCGUGUUGUCCUGCAAAGAGCGAGUGCUGCUUCGGUCUAGGUAGGGUUUCAUUUCUUUGACAAGAGAUCUGAUGUAAAGUUUUUUGUAUAUUCUAUUUCAUAUUUGACCCACAAAACAGAUUUUCUUUCAUUUAAUAAAAAUUCAUUUUGUA